AUGUCAGAGCUGGGUAAACGAUCUACAGAAGAAGCUCCUCUGGUGGAGCGCAAACGUGCGAGAUCCAACUCCGUAGUAGGGUCCGCACCUGUCCUUGAAAAGGAACCAACAAAGGAACUCACAAUUGUAGAAGAUUCAAAACCAACCUCGCAAGCCAAUGAAAUUGAAACUACACUGACGACGAAAACUGAGGUAGAUUUGACCCCUGGAGCUAGCUCAGAAGCUAAACCUGAAUCGGAAACCAAAACCCCAGAGGAUGUGACUCCGGAAGUUAAAGAAAAACCAAAGCAUACAUUUGGAGGAAAUCCAUUCCUUCAAAUUAAGAAGACUUCUGUAUCCCCUCCCGUAGCUGAUGGUAGCAAGCCUGUAUUUGGAACCGCUAGUUCAUUUGGUGGAAAUAAGGUGACUCCAAUAGGCAAGAAAGUAGAAGAGAAGGGCGCCGCUAGUGCUUCAAUUUCAUCUCCAACCACUACAACUACUGAAACAGCCAGCCCCAGUGGAUCUUCCACGGUUGGUGAAACAAGUAACGCGCCAGUGGAUGCUGUAACUACCACAUCCACUACUACCAAAGUUUCCACAUCUACAACUCCAUCAUUUGGUUCAUUUGGUUCAUUUGGUUCCAACUCUAAAUUUGGAAACGCGUUCCAAAAAUCUCUAAAGAAGAAAUCAUUUCUUGAUGAAGCAAGCGAACCUGAAGAUAAAGAUAAAGAUAAAGCUGAUGCCCCUGAAGCAGAAGCUGUACCUGAAAAGGAAUCAAUUAAGGCAUCCACUCCACAAUACAAGCAAGUGGAUCUUACGCCAGUAUCCCUCACCACUGGUGAAGAAAAUGAAAAAUCACAUUUCAAUGCCACAGCCAAGAUAUUUUCUCUUGAUCUUACCAAGAUGUCCGAAGGAUGGAAGGAACGUGGGGUUGGACCUCUCCAUCUUAACCAAUCACUCACAGACGCUCACCAAGUGAGGUUAGUGAUGAGAUCGCAAGGGCUUCUUCGAGUCGUUCUCAACAUGAAGAUUACUCGUGAUACAGUAGCCAUGAAGGGUCUUGAGGCAAGUUUAUCACCAGGUAAGUAUGUUCGUUUCAAUUCCAUAAGUGAAGACGGAGUUCCAAUGCAGUACCUUCUUAAGUUUGGCACCCAAGUCACUCGUGAUACCUUGUACGAUAAGAUUGAGGAGUUGAAAAAGGGAUUGUAG